AUGGUACAUCCGCCUCCAGCCGAGAUUAUCGACGGCUGCAAGACUUUUAUUCCUCUGGAAAACAAUCCCGAUGUAUUCGAGACUCUCUGCAAUAAUCUCAGAGUCGCACCGGGCCUCCAAUUCAUCGACAUCGUCUCUUUAUCCCCCGACGCCUUACGCCAGUACUCCACGACUCCCUGUCGCGCCUUGAUCGUGCUAGCUGAAACAGCCAUCUUCCGCCAUGCUCGUCCAACAAAUGGACUCCCAAUACCCGAAUACCAAGGCUCGGGUCCCGAGGAACCAGUCCUCUGGAUGAAACAGACGAUCAAUCACGCAUGCGGGUUGAUGGCCCUCCUCCACGUGCUUUUCAAUUUACACGAUCGUCGAUAUGUUGUCCCUGGUACGCCACUCGAGGAGCUUCGCCAGCAAGCAGUCGCUCUGGCUCCGGACGCGAGAGCCCGUUUACUCUAUGAGUCGGAGUUUCUCGAAAAGGCCCACAUGGAUGCAGCUUCGCGGGGGUCGUCGAGGGUCCCGUCGCCACGCGAGGAUAAUCAGCACCAUUUCAUGGCCUUUGUGCAGAAAGAUAGCCGGGUCUGGGAGUUAAAUGGUGGACUACCUGGACCCUUUUUACGAGGCACCGCCGAGAUGGGAGAGGGUCUGUUGAGCGAAAAGGGAUUGAAACUCACAGUCCAGGAGUUCUUGGCUGCUGCCGAACAGACUGGACAUAGUGAGAUGAGUAUCGUUGCUGUCAUCGAGGAUGCUGAUGCUGCUUAG